GCUUCAAUGUCUCUCUCAAAGAGAAGGUACAGAAUAUCGGUGUUUGCUUCGUGGGAUUGCAGGUUUCCAUGUUCUCGGCUGACUCUCGAGCUUUGAUAACGGUGGGAGCAGCAAUUGCGAUGCUGCUGCAAAUAGUGGUGGUCGUUGCAAUAUUGUUCCCUCUUGGCGCUGUCUAUGUGUUGGGGCUGUACAUGUCCACCGGGAUCUCGCUGUGGCGUCUUGUGCAGCGUGAUUACGUGGUGGCGGACGGAGACCCCAGCAAGGCGAACCUGAGGCCAGCGCUGGACGUCCUCUACUCCCUGGCUCUCGUCCAGGGCGCGCUGUUGUGCUACCGGGCCGUCUUCUCUCUUUCCAGAAGGGAGAAGGUCGUGACGGAGCGAACAUUGAAGAAGUACCAGUUCGAUGACGACGACACACGCAGGCCCGUCUUGGACUACUUCCGUGAGACCAUGGCCGGAUGUGAGAAGGACCCGUCCUUCGCCAGAGGACGGAACCUGAUCACGUACGCACUGGACCUGAUGGCGUCCACUUCGUCCGAAAGCUACCUCUCCGGGGCAAGGAUCAUUGACACGCUUCUCGGGCGUUGCCAGUACGAGCCAAGCAUUAGGGCCGAGAAGGAGGAGCGGCCGUGGCUAAGCUUCUGCGUCGCCGAGCGACUGCUAGAGUCGGCAUCUGGCACGCAAUUGCUCUGGAAGCUGCUGCGGAGGCUGGCCUCGACUGUGCCCCUGCCGGAUGAUGACCAAGAACAGGAGGCGAGAGCGCGGACCGCAAGAAUACUAGAGCACCUCGGCAUGAAGAUCCCUCUGGCACAGUUCCUGGGUGGGGUGCAAUGCAUCGCGUCCCUUCUCGAGACCUCCAGCUCCAGGCCCCGGUGGGAGGAGGUUCUCCAGGGCAUGCGCAUCCUCCGGAGUCUCGCCGCCAACCGUGGCAACGUGGGAAUCAUCAGAGGCACCCCAGGACUGGUCGCCAAGAUCACGGCGCCUCUAGACCCCGACCGCCAGCUCCAACGUCCCGCCGGCCAUGAAGCGUGGAACACGCUAGCACUUGAAUCACUGGUGCUCAUUGGACGCCUUAUGGACGCUCCUGGAGAGUCCAGGGAUGAUGAAUGUCUCAAGGAUAUGAAGAAAGCAACCGCCGAUGCAAUGCCCAAGGUGCUCGGACAGCUCGCAGUUCAGAUACAAACGGAACUGCGACUCAGGUUUUCACCGCCAGGCGCCGACUUAGAAGGUCAGGUUUCACGCACUCCGAACCAGCGCCGGCAGAGCAAGUCCACAAAAUUGCAGGCCCUGCUGCCGGAGUGUCUGGUCGUGUGCGACUUAUUGGAUGGAGCUGAUCAGGGCUUGGCUCAUCAGUUGGACGACUUCGCAGCUCAGAUCUGUUCUGCCAUAGGGAGGCCUUUCAGUAAUUGGGCUGCUCUCGCUGAAGAAGUACGUAAGUCUCUCAAGGAGGCGGAGAACUAG